UGAAAAAAACUUGUAAAAGAAAUAUAUUAUAUUAUUUAAUUUUAAAUUUUAUUUAGCAAUUCUUAAAAUUCCAGGAGUCGAAAGCACUCCCAAAAGUGAAUGGAGACACUUUGUCGGGGAUAUUUGUCAAACAAAAACACAUUUUAAGUUCAGUAAUCAAACAUGCCUGGUGUUCUAUUUAAAGCAGUUUUUGAAGUGAAGGAAGUUAACCCAAACGUUAACACGUUUGGGCGCUGCUCAAAUUUGAUUUGUCAAUGUGAAAGCAUUUAUUUAGAACUGGAACUAUUUAACUUCGUAUAUCCAAUAGAACUUGGUGAGAAGUUCUUUUUCGUACUUUCCAAUACCUUGCGCAAUGAUGGCAAAUGUGAUAGCGACCUGGAUAGUUCCGACGAACAGGAAUGCGGGUACGCGGCUGAUUACGACUAUGUUAUAUUUGGCAAAAUUACUGAAACAUAUACUAAAGAACCUGAUGGCAAAAUAUCGCAACAACAAACUGUUGUAGGCUCAUUUGGGGGUUUGAAGAUGUUAAUUAAAACCCUUCCCGAAAAGUUAAACAAACUUCAUGCAGACCAACGGGUCUAUAUGCUAUUAUCGAAAGUGCCUCCGGAUACCAAAUGCAAUGAAUUUUAUAAAAAUAAGAGUUAAGAUUCAAUUCAAUAUACUGUAGUAAAUUAAAGUUCUGUGUUCACAUACAAAAUA